CGCGCUCUGCACGUCUGCAGCAAAUACCGCGGUCGCAUAAUCUCGCUUUUUACGCACGCAGCACACGUCGCACGGACUAGUUUUUGGCUGGAGGAACAUCGCCAGAUUUUAAACAAUGGGAGUGUAACAGUUAAUACUUUAAUUAAAUGUGCACCCGUCAGUCAUGGAGGGGUUCCUGCACCACAUGGCGCCGCAGUUCCUGCACCCAGCGCUACAGAGCUUCGGUUGUGGCGCUUUUCGUCCUAUAGGGGGCGCGUUCCACCCUCUUUACCCUGGAAAGGCGUUUGCUAGGCAUCUUGGUGAACAGUACGCACUUGGUCAGAGCGUUGGACAAGCUUUGAGGAACGUUCGCGAUGACAGCAGCACGCCGCCUUUGUACCGCCACGCGUACGCCGCGCGAGACGAUACGAGCUCGCCGGGCUCCGCCGCGUCCGCUUCGCCUCGACCCUGCAAGGAUGACGACGCACCAUCGGCACCUACAUGCACCGACUCUCACGACUUCUUUUCACCGGACGGUGAGCGCAAAUCUUCGUGUGGCGUCUGUGGAGCGCGGCUGGGUCCAGGUGUUGCUCAGGCGCACUUCUUGCAGGAGUUGCAGCACCUGUACAGCCUCAGCGCGCUGCCGCGGGAUACUGCAGUGCCACCACAACACUCGCUGCAUCACCAGGACGAAGACGCCCGUUGGGAGACUUAUCAGCGGAUUCGCGCCAACCGCCAGCGUCGGUUGAAGCUGCGCACUCGCAAGCGCCACCAUACAGUUGAAAGCAUGCUUGGGUAUGACCUGGAGGAGGAACGGCGGGAAGAGCGGCCCCGAGAGUCUCGUCCCUACGACGCUGAAGAUGAGCCAGUUGAUGUUGAGGGAGACUCCCUGGGUUGGCCCGAGGCGGCCAUCAACGUUGAUGAAAAAGAGCAACGUGGCGAUGGCGACAAAUUGCACAUGAGCUACGCUGAAGACUUAGAGAUUUCCAGCACAAACGACGCUAUGCAGUCACCAGAACGCGUGAGGAUUGAGACGCCAAAAUCCUUGUCGCUGGAGUCCACGCCAAAAGCAACAGAGAGCGUGGAGAGGCCUGCGGAGGUGUCGACGACAGAGGCCUGGGGUGGGGCCGGGGCCUCAACGGCUGGUACCGAUGCUUGGCCGGCCUUGGCUGCGGAGGCUUACAUCCAGGCCACACGCCACAAGAUUGAUGGCGAGAACCUUCCCUCCUCCACUGACACCCGCAACUAAACUGACAAUCUCCCACAUUGCAUCCCUUGUCAUGCAUGAUUGGAGCAUUUAAUGUGUAGGUACUUUAGAAGCCACGAAGCGUUAGUAUCAGAAUAAAGUUCGUGCAUACAAUACUGAAUACUGAUACACUAGGAAAAACUCCAGCAAGAAUAUCAAAUUUGUUCUCCCUAAAUAUUGGAUUGUUGUAAAAUUACUUAUUUAAAGGUGACUAGAGUCUUAGAGUACGAUAUACUUAUUUUACUUACGAUGCUUCUAUCGUACCUACAUAACCGAUUCAUUAGUGGAUUGAACAAAACAUUAGUAAUAGCUCAAAAUACUCGUAAUUACAUACUCAAUUUCAUGAAAAUGCAAAAUACAAUGCCUAUCUAAGGAUUCCUGUUGUUUUCAAUCGCUAUGUAAUGUCUAUUUAUAAGCAUAGUUAUAUUUUGUUCUAAUUUUAAGUAUAGUUUUGUAAAAAUAUUAAUGUUCAGAACAUAAGUAGAUACUAACGUCUAGGCCAAUACAAUUAUUAGAAUCAUCAAUGAAUAUUAUAAUAAAUGCAUGACUAUUAUUAGCAACACACCUAUAGUUCGCAAGUAGUAAAUAAGCACUUUUUGCUGAACGGGCCAAGUUUUACUGCAAUUUGUGCCUGCACUAGUGGGAACUGAUUGCUCGGCCUUCACAAAAAUAAAUUGUUUUAACUGACGGCCGAGCAAACUAUGGCUGGGCCAUUGUUGGCAAUAUUAUGUAUUCAACAGAUGACCUGUAGUGAAGACUCCUACACUGGCUAACCGGUAACAAUGGUUGAUGAAAUCACAUAGUGGUCGGCACAUUGCACAUAUUACCAUGCAACAUUGUAGUUGCAUAAUGUCCCAGUCAUUUGUUCAAACAUUUUUGGUAUGUAUCAAUGCAUAGACACUUCCUUUAAUGCAGCCACAUAUCGCUGAAAUUAGAAGAACCUUACGGCAAAUGUAUGUAUAGGCGCUGCGUAAACGUAGACACUCUUCGUGUCCAGUUAUCGACACCGAACUCCUUUUGAACGAUUUUAUUUUGUGUAACUAUGUGUUAAGAGGAAGCAACUGAACAAUGCGCAGGUUGAGGAUGAUUUUAUACUGGUUCUAUGUAAACCAAAUUAAUAUCAUCGGAAGCAUGUACCUUAUCUGACAUCAGGCUCAAGUGUCCACGUUUGCGCCCUAUCGUAGAAACACCUUAGGACAAAUAUUUCGAUAUAUUAAGAUAUUUUUAUUGUUAUAUAAUUGUGUAAAUAUCUCAAAUAUCUUUGUAGAUUGUAGCGAGCAAUUUUAACGUUAUGUUCGAACAGUCUUAUUAAAAUAUUGUAACUACAGUAGGUAUUGUUUGUCGUCCCGCUUAGUUAUUUAUUACAUAGAUAAGUAAUAUAAUGUAAUUCAACUCUUCGUUGUUGUUAACUAUGUGUACAUAACAAAAUGUGUCGAAAUGUUUUAAUGUUAUUAAACAUUAUGUAUUAAGAUAUAGACAUUAAAAGUUCUUAGGUAUGAAUCAUUAUUACCCUUCCGUACUACAUAUAUGUACAUACACUGCGUACAUUACUCGUAUGUGUGCAAUAAUUGUAUGCUCACAUUGCUUAGUAGAUCUCAUAUCCGCCAUUUAUAUUCCCUCAUUCAUUUUAUAAAAUGAAAUUAAUAAAACAGUAAUUGA